AUGAACAGCUACUCGCCCUACGGCUCCACUCCCAGCCAUACCCAGGACUAUCGCGACUACGACAAGUUCGCGAGCCCUUCACCCACUCCGUCACCGCGAGGGCCUCACCAGUUCUACAACAUGGCCUCCCAUCAGCAGCGGCCAGCGACCCGCGCGCAUUUCCGCAACAUGAGCAGCGGCCUGAAUGACUUCUCCAGCCCGCGACCCGCGGCCUUCUCGCCGCGGUACACGAGCGAUGGCCUCUACGCCACUGCCAAUGUGAGUGCAUCGCGAUCAUCGCGGAAACAGUCAUUCUCGUCGGGCUCGCGCCCCAAAACGCGCGAGCGUCGCAACUCAUUUUCCUACUGGCGGGCCUCAGACUCUUAUGGGGAAUCCGACGAGGACGAGUACAUCGAGAUCAACGGCAUCAUGUAUAUGUUGCCCGCGCGAUCGAGGUCCAAGCGAUACAAGGACUAUUAUUCUACUACUAAUGCUGGUGGUGUACGUGGAACUGAUCACCCCCGCUAUGCACAGGGUUCACCGUAUCGACCAGAGCACGUCGACAGAGACCCAUACGAGUCCCCUCGCUACCAGGAAGAGCAGCGACGGCCUACGGCGCACCACUCUCGCCGAGGCUCGACCUCUAUCCCCCAGCGCCCUCAGACCGCGCGACCCGCCAGCUCUCACACCAAGAAGCCGCCCGCCGCCCCGAAGGCCACCGAGGCCGACGCCAAGAAGCAUCGUAUCCCGCCAGGCUACUCACUAAAGAACUGGGACCCGACGGAGGAGCCGAUCAUGCUGUUGGGAAGUGUCUUUGACGCCAACUCUUUGGGGAAGUGGAUCUAUGAUUGGACUGUCUACCAUCAUGGACCCUCGACCCCUAUCUCGGAUAUGGCAGGAGAGAUGUGGUUGUUGUUGAUCCAGCUGGCAGGCAAGGUCAAGCGAGCCGAGGACAGCAUCCCCAAGAUCCGUGCCCUGGAGAACAAGGAGAUGGUGGAGGAUUUCAUUGAGUCUGGCGAGCGCCUCACCGACAAGCUUCGCAAGCUGCUCAAGGCCUGCGAGACUCCCAUGCUGAAGUCCAGCAAGAAAAAGGACAGCCAGCUAGGCAAGAACGCCGGUAUCGAGUUCGUCGAGACCAUGUUCGGCCGCGAGCGCGAGUUGGAGAAGACGGAGCGUUUCAUGCAGUCCGUCCGCCUCUGGAACCUACGCUUCGACGCCAACUGCGAGGACAUCCUGAAGAGACCUACCCAGUAA